UGCUUUGCACUUGAAAAACUCAAACUCUGACCUUUGAUUUAACUUGUAAAUUCUAUGUUUUACUGUUUUUCAUGCUGGAGACGGUUGUGUGUUGCUGGAAAACAUGACAGGGAUUUAACCGGCAGAAUAAAUCAGAACUAGGUCAUUUAACCACAGAUGCGAUUUCUUAUCGCUAUCCAGGAAAAUGUCAGGAGACGCAGAAUUAGGAUUCACUGAACAUUUAUUUAAAGUUUUGGUGAUUGGAGACCAUAAAGUUGGGAAAACCAGCAUUGUUAAACGAUUUGUGAAAAAUCAGUUCUACGAGGAGUUGAAAACCACUAUAGGUGUGGAUUUUUCUUUGAAGGUGAUAGACUGGGACAGUCACACGCGGGUGCGAUUUCAGCUGUGGGAUAUAGCAGGUCAAGAGCGUGUAAGAGGACUGAACCGCGUGUACUUCAAGGGAUCCAGUGGUGCGUUUGUUGUGUAUGACAUGACAAACGGGUCAACAUUAGAUGGAGCUCUGAACUGGAAACAUGAACUUGAUGGUCAAGUAAUGUUGAAAAGCGGCCGUCCGAUCCCUGCUGUUUUACUGGCUAAUAAAUGUGAUGAGACUAAAGUGUGUCGGAGGAACGCCUCUCUUCUGGAGAAACUCUGCCAGGAGAAAGGCUUCAUUGGAUGGUUUCAGACAUCAGCGAAGGAGAACAUCAAUGUGGAUGAAGCUGCUAAAUUCCUUGUGAAGCACAUUCUCCAAAACAACGAGGAAUCAGUGAAAGAAGAAGAGCAGAACAUGCAGCUCAACCUGCAACAGCAGUCAAAGAGCAGCUCUACCUGCUGCUGAUGCACAAUCCCAUUUGCUGACUAUCUCAGUUGCUUGGACAGUGGGCUGUGGUGGUCUCAUUCUGGUUCAUCGUGUGAACGCUGAGCCUGAAGGCAGGUUUUUGCUGACAUGUUGUGUAUAGGAGGGCAGAUAUUUUUACUCUCCCAUCUGUUCCGCACCGUCCCGUAGUUUUACUUUGUAGAGUCCUUGGUGUGCGUCUAGGGAUCUGUUCUACAUACACUUAUUUGAGCCCCUCCGCUGCAGUUGUUUACAAAUAAUGUGAAAUGAAUUCAUCCAUCCUGAUGAGGCUUUAUUAUCGAACUUAAGACAUUAAACUUUUAGCAACUCUUUGGUACUUUGUAUGAAAUGUGACUGAUUUAUGCUGCUUGAAAUGUUCAGUUCUAAUAAAUGCACAUGCAUUAUAA